UAUUAUUAUUAUUACUAUUCUACUUUUAUGACUACACCGAAUGACCAACGGGUGUUAGGUCAAACUCCAUUCACGGCAGCAGCUGAGUCCUAACAUACUGUACACUACAAACCACAAUCUUGGCCAAUCCUCGCACCACUCCUCUUGGAGUCUACCAGAGCUAAAGCUGUCGAGUGGCGGGAUUUACUACGCAUAAGUUCACCGAAGAUCUGGAACCUCUACCUUACAAUCAAGAAGCGAGCUCAAAGAAAUCACCGGUUUAUACUAGCUCGUAAUCAGGAUAUUGGACAAAGCACGUGGCGGUGCUCUCAAAGAACGGACAUACCUAAUUGUCGUCCUAAUGUCUGUGUAUCAUUCAGAAUUUGUGCCUGCACCAAACACCGUGGGAAAUAUGGCUCUGUUACCUUUACGUACAAAGUUCCGCGGUCCUGCACCUAUGAAUCCAAGUUUAGAGAAAGAUAUUAUUGAUGAAGCACUAUAUUUGUUCAAAUCACUUAUAUUUUUUCGACAAUAUGAACUGAAAAGUGAAGCCGAUCGUGUACUUGUUUACUUGGUUCUGUACAUCCUGGAAUGCUUAAGAAAAUUACAAAAGUGUCCUAACAGAAUUGUUGCAGGAAAAGAAUUGGCUGCUAUGGCUAUCAGCCGUUUUGAUUUACCAGGUGAUCCAGAUUUCCCCCGAGAACUGAACAAUAUGUAUGCUAAACCGAAGAACUCUACAGAAUUGGAAACAAUGCGUGGUUAUCUUACUCAGCUAAGGCAGGAAUUGGGUGUACGCUUAAUAGAUAAAGUGUAUUCUGAUGACAACAGUCCGCCAAACAAGUGGUGGUUGUGCUUUGGUAAACGUCGUUUCCUGGAUCAAUCGCUGACACCUCUAGGAGUUUUCUGAUAUUUUCCCAACAAAAUCUCAGCCACAUUAUUCAGCUUAUUGAAACACACAUACCAUAACAUUUUCUUUUUUUUAUUAUGUAAUUACCGCAAGAGGGUAGUGAUUUCUUUUCGUUAAUUAUUUGCACAAAUAAAUGAUCAGAAACAUA